GCUAAUGAAUUACGAAAUCGAAUCUCCGAGUACGAUAACGUUUGCCGCGGCAAAUAUUACUUUUGACUUCCCUAUUUAAUUACCUUUGUUAUCAUAACUCGAAUAAUAUACUCCCUCGCGUUUCGAGGAAAUUUUCAUCGAACGUUGUAAGCGAGAUUCUUUGAUCGGUAAUGGAGAUGUUUAAAGAAAGAAAGAAAGAAAGAAAAAAAAAGAAAGAAAGAAAGAAAGGGAAAAAAAGAAAAAAAAUAACGUUACUAAGAUAGAGUCUUGACGGUAAGAGAGCGUUGUUGAUAUCCAGCUCCAUCCUCUUCCGUACAACUCGUCAAUUACGGAACACGUAAUGAAUGAGCGCCUUCAUAAUUCGCGAAAAAAACUUAUCUCCUCGCCCCUUUAACGCAUCAACGGGUGCCGUCAACAGGCGCCCGUACGCUUGGCUUAGCUCGGGACGUAGUAAUGAUUCUACGGAACAGAAGUAAAUGUAGAAGACCCGCCACCUUCGUGUCUCCGCUAUUUCUCGUCGCGACAGACCGUAUAAUGCGAGCACGACCGUGUCGCGACACAGAGAAAGAAAGAAAGAGAGAGAGAGAGAACACGCGUAUAGAAUGUGUUUCACCGAAACCUCGUCUCGACGAUCCUUGACUGAAAUUCAGAAGUUGCGUUUUCUUCUCCUUUUUCCUCCCUAUCGUUUCUUUCCCAUUUCUGGUUUCCUCUUUCUUUCUUUCUUUCUUUCUUUUUUUUUCUCUCUUUCCCCCUUCUUAUUUUGCAAAUAUAUAAUAGUACUUACGCAGCAAACGAUAAGGGUUUUAUGCGUGAAAAUAUAACGCGAAGAAGGUGGGAUAUAUAUCUCCUCCCCCUCCUUCUCGGCCGUAUUCACAUUCAGAGACACGAACGUUAUUAAAGAUGCUUGUCGCGAGCGAAACCGAAUCCCGGCUUAAUGGAUUCAACGCCGAAGGAUCUCAUUUAUCCAACCGAUGUGUAAGUACGUGUUUUGAUGGCGAACGGACGAGCACACGAUACAUAUAGAAAAAGGAGCAAAAUUUCAGGGCGAUGCAAAAGUUUCUCCCGGGGGAGGAGCCCAAUACGGGCGAGCUAGACUUCGUAAUCCAUGGACGUUUUGCCAGGAGAAGCGUGCGUACGCGGCCGCGUAAUAUUCCAAACGCGUUUAUACUAUAUGCGUGCAAUAUGCAAGAACGUUCUCACGCACUUCUAUAUACCCUACGAACCUUCCCAUUGCAUCGUGCACUAAUCACGGUAAAAGCCGUAGCUCGCGCCCGUUAUAUCCGUUAUCCGGCUGUGUCUUGCCUUACUUAAUGGAAAUAUGAGAGGCGUUACACUCGUCUGGUGACACGUCUAUCCCGUUUUUUUUAUUUCUAGUAAUACCGCGGGGACAUUGUUCUAUAAACACGGCCACCGUUGUCGCAACGCGCCACACCGCGUCGACGUCUCUCGACUCGUCGUCUCGCGCCACCUUCGCCACCGCCUAUCCCAAAUUGUAUUCCCAAAAGUCGUACACGACAUGACCGACCAAGAAAGGCCAACUAUACGAUCGACAACCAAUCCCCCUCACCUAUGAUGAUAAAAAAACAUAUAUCUAUCGAUCUAUCUAAACUUAUCGGAUAUUUCACAUUUUCGACCCGCGUUAAAAAUCUUUGUCACGAUCCUGAUUAUCGAGAGCGCGGAUGAUGCCAAAGUCAAUUAAACAUGUGACGAUCCUGUGUCGUUUCAAUUUCGCACGGCAAUCGAGCGAAUGUUUUCGAGGAUUCGAGUACAGCUAGUCGCGUCCACCUGUGAGCAGUGGAGGGCAAAUUGUGAUUUAUGCGGCCAACAUGUUGCCGACUGACGAAAGAGAAUUGUGGACGUAAUGAGUUAUGGUGAGUUGCGGCUUAAUGCAAAUAUAUGGUCCGUUGCCGUGUAAUCAGCCAGUCGGUUGACAUCCCGCGCGUGUGUCCACGACGGAAGAGAGCGCGUUUCAAACACGUUCUGCGAUCACGCUUUUUUUUUCCUUUUUUUUUUCUCUCUAUUCUUCUCCAUGCGAGAAAUCGUUCAACGGAGGCGCAUAUACCCGAUCGUCGGCCGCAUUUCCUUUCCUUAAUGUUUGUCGGCAAUCACCGUCGCCUACCUACUUUUAUCCAUCCCGGGACCCCUCAUUCAAACAACAUUGGCAUAUUUUCCGCGUAACUUCAAGGGUGAAGCCUAGACGUCCCCUCGCUAUUACAUGUACAGAGAAUGCGCCGUAUUGACGGCAACCCGUAGAGAUCAAACACGAAGCGCCAUAGUUACCGUGUUAUUAAUUCUCAGAUAAUUUUCUCCACGCCUAUUAGAGGACGUAUAUUCUUACAUUGAUUAAAUAUUCGACAGACGCUCUGACGGCGAAUGACACAUGGAACACGCGUAUCCUAAAUUGCACAUUGAUAUAUUAAAGCAUACUGUAGGCAGACCGUAGUAAAUAACGCGCAUAUAUUUUUACGUUCGAUUUAUGACGAUACGCGCAUCUCUCCGUCCCCGCAAACUCGAAAAAACGCCUCGACGAUUCGAUAACAAAACCCGAACUAGUUUUCGAAGGGCGGCCGCGCAGUCUCCUCGAUAGCAAGGGUUAGUCUAGGGCUGUGCGCUCGUUGAAACCAACCCUUGAUAGGUGCACUUUUAGGGUAGCCCCCUACGCUAGUGACUGUGCUUCAAGCCUCGAGUACCCACCGAGACGCGCAAGAGCGAAGGGCUAUUGCGUGUACCGACUGUGUCACGAGACGAGCCACAUCCAAGAUGAAAUUUCAAAUAUACACUAUAUGCUUUUAUAAUCCUUUUUUUUUCUUUUUUUCUUUUAAGGAAAUUAUCUGUUCACGCGAAUUCUCGAAAAAUUUCCAUUUGAUUACAGAAAACGCGACAAUCGCAAAGUUUAAGUUAACACUUGAAAUUCUUUUAUCGAACGGUCGAAACGGAAAGGAGAUUUUAGACAGGAAAUCAGGUCAAAGGAACAGAAGAUAUAUUUUUUUCAUUCGGACGUUUUUCUCAGUACGGAAGCUAUAAAUUCGUUUCAAUAUUAUUUCAAUUCGCCACGGAGCGUGUACAAACGCGGUGCAAACUCUCGCUUUAUGGUUGAAAUAUCCAUACCGCAAAUUUAUUCUUUAUGAGCCUUUAUGACUGAAAUAUAAACGUUCCUUGCGUACGCACACUUUAUAUGGGUUGUCGAAGAGUAUCGGCCAAUGACACAACGCCACCCGUAAGGCUCGGCCUUUCAGCCGAGAAUUGCCUAUGCUUUUGCGCCGGAAGCACACAUGUUUCAAAGGCGGUUCCUCCACAAAGGGCGGGGAAAAAACGGGGCCGCGACCGCCACGCUGGAUUCCCAUCUGUGACGGCCGCGUCGCCCUCAGAAUCGCGACGAGACGAAGUAUUAGACGAAAAUUACUUAAUUCGUCGCUCUCAAAAGGGCACGAACUUUGAACGAAUCCCGAGAGAAGGAAGCCGCGUUAUCGCGGCGGUUUUUUGACAAAAGAGCAUCUAUCGAUUCAGCAUCGAUCAUCGAUUCGAUCUGUUACGAAGUCGCUUCGUAAAUUCAAUCCAUAAAAAUUCUGAACGAUGCUGUUACACGUAAGAACACAUUUUUAUCCUUAAAAUUCCGUGCACCGUUGCGAAAGGAAGAAUAGGAGAAUCCGCGAAUAAAAAUUUUGUUGAAUCAUCGCCUAUGUCGCAGUUAUAAAAAAAGUGAUGAUAGUCGAUCGUGCUAAACGCGCUACAUCAUUAACGCCAUAUAUAAAAUGCUUCUGCAGUGCCUCUGCAGCCAGUUUUGCACGUUUCAUCGAGCCGUGCGCGCGUGAAAAAUAAUAGCGUUCCGUCGCGGUAUACGCAUACGCGGGGAGAAAAAGGAGAAAAGGGAAAGGAACGAGUUUAAAUGACGGGUAAUUAAAAAACGGAACGUAAAAUCAGGCGGGGUUACAGCUCAUUAGUUUUCAGCGGCGGAGAACGAUGACAGAGGCCGCGAAAAUGCCGGUUGAAUGCCGGAUAUAGCAGACGCGUUAUGUCAUCGGGCGCACACGGCCGCGUGUACGUGUCCCGCGGCGGCGUUAAUUGGCUCCGUGAUGAAUAUUACAAAAUACCGGCGGCUGAAAAGAGAGUCACCGCUUUAAUUACGACAUAAUGCGUGUCGGUCGAGCUUCUCUCGCGUGAAACACCGAUACGCUCCUUCUCUCUCGCGUUGCACGACUACCGGCAACACCUUUCAACCGCUUUCAUCAAAUAGCUUAAUAUGGAAGUCGUUCAAGAAAGUUCCCCCCCUCCUUCUAGUGGGAUACGUUCAGGAAGGACGAGAUGCUACCGAAUUGUUUCGAGGAUCGCGCGAAAAUGGCUUUUGACUAUGCCGAUGCGGAGAAAAAGGGAUUUUUGAGCAAAUGGGAAUAUAAGAUAGCGAUGACGGCUGUUUUUGGAUGCCGUCCGGAAAAAACGGAAGUGAAACAAGUGUUUCAAUCUACCGAUAAAAUCUCAUUCGAGGAGUUUAAAUUAUGCGUGUCCAAGAAAAGUAAUGCAAAUGAUUCGCACGUUAAUGCGGAAAUGUUAUUCGCUUUACUGGAUAAGGAUUAUAAAGGAUAUUUAGUAUUGGAUGAUUUCUAUUCUGCAAGCAAAUAUGUGAAUUUGAAAGUGUCAGUGACAGUGUGGCAAAUGAUAUUCAAGGAAUUAGAUCGUUAUAAAAAAGGAUAUAUCGAUUUCGGCGAAUUUUUACGUUUUAUAUUACCUACAAUAACUUACAAUGAGAUUAAGAUACAGUUCUCAUAGGAUCAUAUGAAAAUAAUUAUAAUUUAUAAGACAAAUGCAGAUUUCGUAAUACGCGUUUCAUUAUAUAUACAGUAAAAAUAACUAAUACUAUGAUAUAUUAUAAAACUAUACACUUAUAAAAAGUUUAUCGCAUAAAAAAAAAAUAAAUAUUUUAAUUAGGAAGAUA